CCUGCAGACAUGGACUCUAAUUAUAAGCCGCUACUGAGAAAUACAACGAGGCUGAGGCGACUCACAUCCACCCGCCUUCCUCAUAGCCCCACGAUUCGUCCCCCCAACCGCUUCUUAAAUCUACACACCAAACAACUGUGACAAGGAGAGUAGGUUGGUCUCUUGUCAAGAUGGUCUGCAACAAGUGCCAAAAGCUCUCCAAGACGACUCUUGCCACACCUGGUGUGAAGAAGAAGAGUGACAUAUACCACGGCUCACCAGCAUCGUCUUCAUCUACGAGUGAGAAGAAGUCGGCAACAUUAGGGCAAACCGGCAUCUCAAAGAGCAAACUGUUAUCAAAAAGUGCAAAGAAUCCAUAUGCCCAAUACUCGAGCACUUGUACAAAAUGCAAGACUAAAGUGUCCCAAGGACACAAGUAUUGUCACAAAUGUGCAUACCAGUCGAACGCCUGCGCCAUCUGUGGGAAGUCGAGCACCAAAUCUAGCGCUUCUGCUCCCACGAUAACGUCACAGAAAUUCACCCUGAAGUAAUGAGCUUCAUCCCCACCCCCCUUCCCUGCAUUGGACAUGCCACUCUUGGGCCAGAUAUCCUAGCCC